CACAACGUCGGCUGCAGAGAAUGAAAAGGCGGUUCUCGGAUGUCGAACUACCCAGGAGACAUCAAUUGAUGCGAGGAAGACUUCGAAACCGCAAAUCGUAGGUCUUACGGCUAUGUUGACCUACGCGGUCGGUCCCGAAAAGAUUAGGAAAGCCCAGGAGCAUAUCUGCCACGAACUGGAAAUUUGUGUGCUUCCCCAUGUUUCGAAAGAAGAGCUUCAGCGUGACGGAUUUCACGCUGGCGCCAAUGUGCUCACGGAAGUGAGGGACGAGGUCGAAAUUCCCGAUGUCUUUGAGGCCCACAAAGUAGUCCCACAAACCGAGCGCAAGCCGCAUUUGCAACAUGGUACUUUCUGGAAACGAAUUGGUAGUAGUGCUCAAAGAGCGGGGGAAGGAGGAGAAGGAGCAACCUCUUUUGCACGAGAAAUGGUGCAGAUUGUGCGGGACCUUGAAAGGCACGCUUCGUCAGUACGACGAGAUUUUGUGUCGCCGCUAAGCAAAGCGAAGUUGUCCUCGUGGGGCGAAUAUGCAAAUCUUCUAGCGAAGCAGAACGUCAAAAGAGCCGGAGGUGCAACGGAGGAGCGCUUCGGAACAUCUUCGACGUCGGCACGUAUAAUCUGCAUGAUCUUCACGUAUCUGGAACACUGGUACGAGGCUUUGAAGAUAGUGGUUUGCGGGUGGGAGGAGCCGAAAAGCCUGGAGCUGGCGGUCUUGUUCUUAAAGAUGAUGGCGGAACAGAGCACCAAUCUAGAGGUUAUGGCGGAAUUUGCGAAACAGCGGCUUGGUGAUCAAAUCUUGG